AUCUAUAUCCUGUAGAAUGAUGCAUUCCUUCCAAUGUAAGGUGCAUCAUAAAUAGUUUGUAACAAAUGGGUUUUAUAAACCCAUAGCUCCAAGAGGAUCUAUAUCACAUGUUAAUGCAUCUGUUUUUAACUUUUAUGUGGACUUUGAAGUGCAUUUCAAAUGCAUGCGUUAUAUCAUCAAAAUGUAAUAUAAAUAUAAAGUAUUAGCCUACCAGGAGACAUGACUUGUCUUUUCCAUUCUAAAGAUAUAAACACCUUUAAAUGAUGUUUAAUUUCUUAACAGCUUCGGCAUUUAUUAUUGUAGAACAGUCAGACUUGUCAGGCUAUGUCCUUAAAGCACCAAAUGAAUACAGCAAUCGCUUCUUAAGUUUAACUAGAAAUUCAAAGAGGACAAACACUGAAGAAAUUUACUAACAGUAACUGACAGCUUGGGCACAGUGACACAAAUACUUAGUUUAGUGCUUUUGAGGUCAGUGCAUGUUACCGUAAGCCCAAAACAUUGAGGUGAACAUGGUUUCAUUUGGGAAAAGUUGGGUUUUGCUAUCCUAGUCUUCAUUCGAGUUACAGAAGCCAUAGGCUACUUGGUGACUAUUGCAGUCAUCUCACUUUCCACCCAUGCUUGAGCUAACCAAAGGCCAGUGGGCUUGGGGCUGGAUGAGGACAGUUAAUUUUUGGGCUGUGUUCCAUUUACUGUUUUGUUUCUGCAGCUAAUAUGCAGCAUAAGAAGAUUUAUUAAAUGUAGGAGCAGAGCCAUCAUCUGACACCUAGAGUCAUCAGGCACCCAAAGGUUACAUGUUGACUGCUGUUAAGAUGCUAGAUUUGAAGGUCUGGAAUAGUAUUCUUUUAAUCGCAAAGGAGCAGAGUGAAGAAUUGAGGAGAGGAAGUGACGGAGGAGAACAAUGAACAGAGAGGGCUGGAUGGACAGAUGGGAGAGGAGUGUAUAUGACAGUGGGAGGUAAACCCAAGAGAUGACAUGGGUCACCACACGUGCAAAAGAAACCUGCUGGAUUUCCCAUUGUCUAUACUCAACCCAAAAAGAAAGAAAGUCGGUUUUGGAGCAACAUGAGGGAGCGAAUGAUGUCCGUCCUGAUGGCUCAAGGAGAAGGUCAAAGGGUCUUUUGGCAGCAGAUUCUUGGUCUUCGGAGGCUGAAUUCCUUCAUUCUGACUGUAUGGCAGAGUCUUGAGAAUCUGCAGAGCGGAGGAGACUUUCUUCUCAUCUAAUGAACAACACUUGGCUCAUUCUCGCAUUAAGAGGAAAUGACUUUUCCUAGCCACUCUUCAUCUCAAGUGCAGAAUGGGAGGAGCUGGAAGCAGAAGAUGCCACGCUGGUCGAUACAUGUACCAUGAGGAGCACAGGAGAGCUACGCUAAAGACAGACGGGAGAAAACAGUUCGCCUGGACACAUUUCACAGGUCACGUUGAGCCCAUGCGGUGGUCCAUGCUAGCCCUGCUGCUCUUGUCCUGCAGCCAGAUGUUUGCCCAGCACCCAGGUGACAUCUGUCCACAAAAAACCGACCACGGACAGCAUGAUGUCACGACAAACCCUGUGCCGACCGUGGAUCCUAAACUCUUCAACAAGAGACGGUACCGCUCACCCCGCGUUCUGUUCAGCGAACAACCCCCCGACUCAGAGCCCGCUGGACACCAGACGAGGAGCAGGACAAAGAGGAAAGCAGGAGCACCUCAACACCGCGGAGUUUACUCUGUCUGCGAGAGCAUUAGCACUUGGGAGGGAAAUAAAACCAAAGCUACGGACAUCUCGGGCAAUGAGGUCACCGUCUUGCCUGAUGUAAUCAUCAACAACUCCAAGAAAAAGCAGUACUUUUUUGAGACGACGUGCAACAGCGGGCGGACGGGAGGAUCCGGGUGUUUGGGAAUCGAUGCACGCCAUUGGAACUCGUACUGCACCAAUUCACACACAUUUGUGCGUGCGCUGACUUCAUUCAAGAACCUGGUGGCCUGGAGACACAUAAGAAUCAAUGUAGCUUGUGUAUGUGUGCUGAGCCGAAAGUCUUGGAGACAAUAACAAACUGGCUGCUUUUCAACACUCCAGUGAGUCUGUGAUAUCAGACUCAUAUUCCUCUAUGUGAUGGUGGACAUUUUCCUUGUGCAAACCAUUAAUGACAACUUCUGACAUAAAACAGACCAUCUAAGGAGGAUAAAUGUGAUGUGUUUUCGUCAUAGGACACUACAAUGGACUUUUUUCAGUUCUUUUUUAAGUCUUGUUAAGAUAAUUGUUUUCGAUUGUAGCAUUACAAGAACAUGUACAUUGUUGUGUGUGGUAACUGUUAUUUAUUAAACCGCAUCAUUAUUGUCUAGUUGAUUUUGUGCAUAUGAGGAGGUGAGGUCAAUUUAAAGGAACAUUUUGAGUUAAAUAGAUUUUUCGGUUCUGUAGAAGAAAUAAAGUUGUAUGGGUUUGGAACGACAUGAGAGUGAGUAAACGAUGACAGAAAUUUCACUUUUGGAUGAACUUAUUGCCAAUGUGACUUUAAAAGUAACCUAAUUUACUAACUAACACAUGUUCUUCCUGGUAUUAUUGAUUGGUGCGCAUUAUUCCAAAGAAAAUGAAAAUGACUGAAUGACUUUUAUUUUUGGCUGAUGUCACUAAGCCCCUCCAACCACUUGUCACCCUGUUAGCUCUUAAUAGAGCAUUUGUGUUGUUGGUUACCACAGAAGAUAAUUUGACAUGAAAAAUAAAUA